AUGUCGCUGCUCGACAAAGACGACUCCCUCGCGCAGCUGACGCCCAACGUGACUCGAGAACUCGAGGAUGACUGCGCGAUCUGCUACGAGCCACUUACUUCUGCCACCGAGACCGUCUGCAAACACAUCUUCUGCCUCGAGUGCUUGAAAGCGUGGCUGCAGUCUGCCGCUACUUGUCCUGGCUGUCGCCGCGAGCUGUAUCAACCCGAAGAAGAGGAGACAGAUCAAGAGUCGGAAGAUGAGUCGGAUAAUGAAUCCGAGGACGAGUCCGAGUAUGCUUCUGAUGAAGAGUCGGACGAUGCCCGCGCGGAGAGACUUGAGGCUGAACGACGUGAGCGCGACCGACUCUACGAGCCCCUUCCUUUCAUCCUCGGGUACGAGAACAUCGACUUUAGCAGUCAGUCCUCCGACUUCUGGGGUCUGAGGGGGUUUCACCAGGGACUCUUAAUCGAGGGGGUGCAAGACUGGCUGAACAUCGUCGAGCCCCAUGGCGAGUACAGGUUCCGGAACCAGCACAUCGGGGAGGUCUACGUCGACACUGAGGUGCUGAAUAUCCUGGUACACAUUAUCCUGUGGCUCAAAGAAGAUACGCAAGAUGGUCGCUUCACGCUCGAGGAGGUGUGUCGAGAAGACUGGGCCUUGGUGGGUGUCGCCGCUAAUGAUGCUAUAAUGCGCUGCAAGGGGUGGGUGUUGGAGGCGGAGGUGUUCAGAGCGCGCAUUGCCCUCGAGGUGGAGAAUCGACAACAUCAGGCCAAUCGCCCAUCGCCAAGAUACGCAGAGUGCGUCUUCCAAGACCAGGAGCCAGGCCCUCGCCAGAGUUUUGAAGAGCAGGUUGAUUAUCUCGUUGACAUCUUGGUGGACUAUUCUAAGGACGGCUACCGGCCAGGCGUGACUUGGCCAGAUAAUGCCGCGGCGCUUGAAGGCGUACGCAUCGACAUGUAUGAGCUCGUUGACGGCCUCAAAGCAUUCGAAGCCUAUGAGGAGGAAAAUAACUUCGUCCUCAGUGACAGCCUUCACCGCCAGAUCGCAUUACCAGACGACUCCGAAAGCUUCGAUUUCUGGCAGUGGAACGACGGAAGGUGUGCAGCCCUGUUGCGAAUCAAGCCAGACCCACCGUUGGACGCUACGGAUGAGGCCAUCGCACGCGAUGACUGGUGCGGAAGAGACUGGGCUAUAGUGGAGGAGAUUACCGAGACCCUCUGCUCCGGGCUCGAGAGCACUAUGCGCCUGAGCGGUAGAGAGAUGACAGUCUCUGGAUUUGUCGACACUCUCUGGGAGGCCAUGCGUCAGAACCAUGGCAAGCACUGGUACUGGUACAACGAAGAUCCUGGCGUCCAGCUGGAUCUCGGGUGGUCGACGAAUGGCAGAUUCCCAUCUUAUGGAGAGGCAUACGAGGGUACGUCGACUUUCGAGAAGGACAUGGAGCGUCUCUUCACAUACAUGGCCUACACCUUGAUGCGAGAGUACGAGAAGAAGCAAGCAGCGUUGCCCGAGACCAAUGAAGCCGUCGAGAAUGGCCCAGACGAGGAAGACGAAGCAGGAUCCACUGAUGGGGUACCAAGUGGGCAGCUCCGAUCUCUGAGUCUAAGCGAUGAAGACAUUGAAGAGGAUUGGGGCAUCGUCUUGGGGCCACGAGCGCGCUCAAAUGACCAGCAAUAG